UGGCACAUCCUCUUUUGAAUUUCCCCCAAAAAUUCUCUUCCUUAGUAUCACUGUCACAGCCAUUUUCACAAGCACCACCGACCCAGUUAAUCCGACUCAUUGCAUUGCUAGUAGCGACAACAGAAGAUGGCUUCAUUAUUCGGUUGGUACGGUCCUCUCAUAGAUCUCUCCACAGCCACUCGUCACAUCGGUGAAUUCGUUCAACUUCUCGUUUUCGUUCACCGCUGCUUCCCCGUUCAGUACAAAUCGUCCAAAAGCGGAAGAGACCUAACUCGAACCGACAUUCAAGUCGGCGAUGAUACGACGCCGUAUUUUGGUGUAUCUCUUUGGCAGUCUCAAAUGGGGUCCAUGGUUUCAGCAGGAGAUGUAGUUUUGUUACAGAAUUUUAUGAUUACUAAAUACGGUGAUGCUGUUGAGGCUAAAACUGUCCAGUGGUCUUCUUUGCUUUGCUUGGUUCAUCCUCUCCAGUCACUUAUUUCAAAUGAUGUUGAGGAGUUGAUAGUGGGUUGUCGUAUUGGGAUAACGACGAAGGAGAAGCUAAGAAGGGUCAUAAAAUGGGUGCGGCAGUCUCGGCCUACCAUUUGCAACAUCAACUUGCACUCUACUAAACAAAAUGAGUACCGUCCUAGAAACUGGACAGUUCAUGAAGAGAGAGAGCCUCAGGACUGCUGUUCACUUAUGGAAGUUUCUCACCUAACAACAUCGUGCAAUACUACUGUCCUUGCAUCGAUUUGUGAAAUUGUUCCAUUACGUAAUGCAAGGACUCCUGGUGAUACUGUGAAAGAGAAUAUUUUCCUUAGUAGAAGAGUUUGCAAAACUGAGGGUAAUAAUAACUUGGUGGAAGAUCUCUUAUGCACUGGCUGCCAGCUAUGUGGUUCACCUCUAGAUUCAGAAUCUGAGCAAAAUGCUUUUCCACUUGCUUGUUUGAAAAGUUCAAGCCGCCUUCAUGCAGUAUGCUCGAUAUAUAGGCCUUUCAUGCUAUAUGUGUGGGACGAAUCAUAUUUCAUGCCAGUUCUUGUCAAGAACAAGGCCGCAGAAAUUUUAUUUGGAAACAUGAAGGCCGAAAAUGUCUAUUCGAGUUAUAGAGAACAAAUGCUUAACCGAAUUCCUGGUCCCAAAAAUAAAGGCAAGGAUACAGUUGCCGAUGGGAGACUUUCUAAUGACCCGAUACUUUCUCAGGAAGGACUUCAGAGUGCCAGUACAUUAGAGGAGGAGGAUAAGAGCUUGCAAUUGGAGGAAAAGCAACUUUGUACUAAACCAUUCAACUUUUACCAUGUCUGGUUAAUUUUUGUGAAAUUGUUGCUGAAACAAGGAAAUAACAGUCCUCUAAAAUUUGAGAUAAUUGUUAAUCCCAACAUAAAUGUUGAAAAUGGAAAAUUUGAAAUGGUUUCUGCAACAUUGCCCUGUUUAUAAACCAAGUGAUUUCAGCUGUUAUGAA